UCUCGCGUUUUAUUUUGUGUGAGCGGUCGUUGUGUAAGAAAUUUCUUUUUUCCUGCAUUAUUAUUAUAGUAUGCAGUUUAUUUCUGGUUUGGAAAAGUCGUGACAUGUCGUCGCAUUACCGUCGAAAAGACAGUUUCAAAGUUACUACGAAAGGCGGUCUACGGACUUUCGGAGAUCAUGAUGAUCGAACAAUGUCACCGCCCUCACAGUCAUCAUGGAAAGAUAGGAGAUCUCGACGAAAGGGUGGCCGAGGUUAUCGGAAGAACCAGAGUAGUGGCGAUGAUAAAAUGAGAGAUGGUCCAAAUCCUAGGUCACGCCUUGAAGAUGACGAUGGGGAUAUUUCAAUGGAUGAUGCUGGCACUGCAGGUGGAGCAGGGGGUAACAGAUUUGCCCCUUAUGGUGCAAGGCCAAAGUCUAGACGUGGAUAUCGUCCUGGUGGCAGAGAUGAUAACACGGAUAUGGAUGCACACAACAAAUUUAAAAGACUUGGGUUACCAGUUUCAUCUAGACAUGGAGGUAGAAGGUCGAAUAGAGAGACCUAUACCUGGAUGAAAAUUUAUAUUCCAUUUGGAAAUAAAAACAGUAAAGAAUGGCUGUUGAAAUCCAUACAGGAUUUAUGCACUGUUCCAUUUCAGCCGAUUGAUUUUCACUACCUGUCUGAUGGUACUGCAUGUUUUUACGUUGAUGAUAAGCGGGCUGGCUAUGCUAUAGGAGAAGUAUCUAAAAGAAUAACAAAUACCAAUGGACAUAAGGUGGUUAUAAACUGUAAACCUCACCCUCCACUGGCUGAAAGAUUCCUUAAAAAUAUUCCAUUAACAGAAGCUCAGAUAGAGAUAUUGAAACGAAGUAUGAGUAAUCGAUACGAUGUCCUGACUCACAAAUUGAACCUUAGUAAUUUGCUUCAGGAUGAAGAUUUGAAAAGUAAUAACAUCCAGGCAAUUCUCAAUCGGCCAAACAUCAUGGAAAGUGUUAUAAAAAUUAUCGCAGAGAAUAUACCCCAGAUCACCUCACUGGACCUCAGUAACAACAAAUUAUAUAGUUUGGAUAAUCUGAAAGAGCUUGUGGGUAAAGUGCCAUUACUUCGAAACCUUUCUCUGGCUAAGAAUAUGCUGAAAAAUGAAAAAGAUCUGGACAAGAUAUCUGGCCUGAAAUUAGAAGAAUUAACAUUAGAUGCCAAUCCACUGUGUGUUCAGUUUCGAGAUGAGACAACAUAUGUCAGUUCUGUGAGAAAAAGGUUUCCAAAAUUACUGAAAUUGGAUGGACAUGAGUUGCCACCACCAAUUACUUUUGAUGUUGACACUGGAUCAGAGGUAUUACCUGACCAACAAGGCAGUUACUAUAUAAAUGACCAGUUAAAAAGUCUGGUCUGUACAUUUAUUCAGCAAUACUUUGCAGUUUAUGAUUCAGAGAACAGACAGGGUUUGCUUGAUGCUUAUCAUGAAAAGUCUUGUUUCUCCAUGACGAUACCACCUAAUAAUCCCAGAGAUUCAUCAUCACAGAAGGUUCAUUCCUUGAGCUACUACAUAAAGUUCAGUAGAAAUCUACAAAAAGUCACUGACAUUGAUUACAGGUCUAAGCUGCUGAAAACAUCCAAACUUGGUGUUGUCGCCUUCCUCACUGAGCUUCCAGAGACUCAGCAUGAUCUUGCAUCAUUUGUUGUGGACAUCAGCAUGCAGACACCAACCUUGCUGUGUUUUACAGUAUCAGGUUUAUUCAAAGAAACAGGUAGAAGAUCUGGCCAUCCACAACCGAUAAUAGCAUUUUCUAGGACCUUUCUCACUGUGCCAGCAGGACCUGGGUUGUGCAUUAUUAAUGACCAGUUGAGUAUAAGAAAACCAUCAUUAAGCCAAUUAAAGGGUGCGUUUAGCACGCCUGCACCAACACCAUCCACCAGUCCUGUUCCUCCUGAGAUCCAAGCACAAUCUUCAUUAAGUCAAUCAGCUCCACUUGUUGCAGCAGUUACACCAACACAUCAAGAAAUGAUACAGUCAUUCUCACAGCAGUCAGGAAUGAACGUGGAGUGGUCACAGAAGUGUCUAUGUGAAAACAACUGGAACUAUGAGCAGUCUGCGAGGGUAUUCACCGAUCUACAUAGUAAAGGGAACAUUCCUCCUGAAGCCUUUGUCAAAUGAGAUUGAUUUGAUGAGUAUUUUAUUGAUCAAACAUAUCACCCAAAAAAUGUACGUCUGUUGUACUUUUAAAGUGUUUGAACACAUACUUGUUUUCUUUGUAAUUUUUAAAAGUAAGACGCUGGAAAUUUUUUUUUAUGUAUUAAUGUUUUACAUGUUUUGAUGCAUGCUGUUGUUGAUAAUAGUAUGUUAUGCUCUUCUGUUUACAAAAACAAUUGCAGAAUGUUUACAAAACUUUUGGACCGAUUUCUCUUGUACUAUUCUGUGACAAUACUAGCUAGCUGUAAAGUCCCAUUGCUUCAGAGAAAAUGAUUAUCAUGUUUACUAUUGUUCAGUCAAGUUUAUGUUCACCAUCUCUUGUAUCCAUAAGGAGUGACAAUGCAAGAGUCUGGUGAUCACUUGUGUUGAAAAAAAGCACAACCCAUCAACCAUUUUUUGGCCUUGAUAGUUAAAGUACAGUGAAAAAUAUCAUAUUUUGAGGUAACUAUUAAACUGGAUUACUGUGUGUGUGCAUUAAGCUUGCAUUGUAACUGGUCUUUCUGAGCAAACUGAUCUGUUUAAUUUAGACAAAAUAUAUAAAUUUGCAUAUUUAAUCGGUUUUAGUUUUGAUACUGAUACUUUUUAUUUCUGUUGGUGGGAUGAUUGUCUUUUGAUCAAGCUUUGUCAGGAGUAUAAUUGUGGUAUUAAUCUCAUUAUUUUUUUUCAAAUAUGAUUGAAAUAAAUGAUUACUAAGGACGAAGAUAACCUACUAGCAUUUCUAAGACAUGGCCUGACUUAUUUCAGUAAUGUGUCAAAUAUUUUCAGAAAACCUUUGAAUUGCAGAAUGUAUUUCACAGCUACAUGUAUAUCAGAAUGUUCGUAAUUUAUUUUAAAAACAAAAAAGUAAUUGAUAUUUAUUUGAUGUUUUCAUAUGGGGGAUCCUGAAUAAGACUUGUUUUUAGAUGUUGUAAUAAUUUUCCCCUUUGUGUAUUUCUGUAUUGGUUUUGUCUUUUAUUGAAUGCCUGUACACUGGCCCCUCAUCCACAUGUUAUUUGUAGUUACUGUUUAUUUUUACUUUACACUGCAUUUCAUUUCUAAUAUUGAUAAUGGAUAUCGAUAACAAUACCAUUAUACUGUAUAAAAAGAAUAAAAUGCAUU